AUGGUUGGGGGUGUUCGGUUGCUUGCAUGCGGUCGUUUGGCCGUUAGGGCCAUCUUUUCUGCUUCUGCUCUUGACAUCGGAUCAGCAGUGACUUCAACAUGCGCAGACGCAUCUCUUCCGAAGAGAAAUUUAGCCACUGUUCCGGCAUGUGAAAACUCGUCUCCACUUCCAUCUUCUUCACCAGUAGUAGCUAGCUGCGCUGGUUUCCCCAAGGAUAUGCAGAAUGGUCCUUCUACCGUUCUGGACACUGGUAUGUAUGGUGAUGAUGCAUGUUUCAUAUCGAGGUUCAAGAACACAUUUGUUGUCGGAGUUGCUGACGGCGUGGGUGGAUGGCGCAAGUAUGGGGUUGACCCAUCAGAAUUCAGUAGGAAGCUUAUGCGGGAGUGUGAAAAGCGCGUCGUCAGUGGUGAUUUUGACCCGCGAAAACCAGAAACACUGCUUGAGAAAGCCUUUAAAGCUACAGCAGAGGCACCACGACCAGUUGGGUCGUCAACGGCAUGUGUUCUGGUUGUUCAUCAAGAAACGUUAUAUUCUGCGAAUCUGGGUGAUUCUGGUUUUAUGGUAGUACGAAAUGGUCGAGUGAUCACAAAAAGCGAAGAACAAGUGCAUUACUUCAAUGCUCCUUUUCAACUCACCCUUCCUCCUGAAGGCUAUCGUGGUUUCAUCGGCGACACACCGGACUUGGCUGAUAAGUCCGAAAUUCGUGUUCAGAAAGGUGACAUCGUAGUUCUAGCUACUGACGGAUUAUGGGACAAUCUCACUGAACAACAUGUACUUGAUCAACUUCGACCACUCAUUGAAGAGAAGGCUACUGUACAAGAAGUCUGUAAUGCUCUUGCGCUGACAGCACGACGCCUCUCAUUUGAUGCUACACAUAAUAGUCCAUUUGCGGUGAAAGCGCGAGAGCAUGGACUAUCAGCGGUUGGUGGGAAACCUGACGACAUCACUCUUGUACUUCUCCUUAUUGUUUGA